AUGUCUGAGUCUACACUGGAACUCAAAACCUACCAUGGUAAUUGCCAUUGCGGUGCCUUCAAGUUCACCAUAAAAAUGCCUGAGAUAACUACCGUUACUCAAUGCGACUGCAGUAUCUGCUUCAAGAAAGGAUAUCGAUGGGUAUUUCCUGCUAAGGAUUGUUUCGAGAUUAUCAAGGGGGAGGGUACUUUGAAAGAGUAUCAUUUUGGAAAACGUACGAUGGUUCAUAGGUUUUGCGGAACAUGUGGGACGGGUGUGCAAGGUUUCCGCUACAAUACUCCAGCGGGAAUGGAUAUUGGUAUCAAUGUCAAUUCCCUCCAAGAUAUUGAUCAAUGGUCCUUGACAGUUAAAAAGUAUAAUGGACUUGCUCAUGAACCGCAAUAUGUUGCACCUAAAUACACUGGUGAAUUACCAACAGCUGAGUUUGAAAACGAGAAGAUCUAUACUGGAGGUUGUCACUGUGGUGCAGUGGGCAUUGCAUUGAAGACUCGCGCUCCUCUCUCCGAGGGAUGUGAAUUUAUCCAGGAGUGCAACUGUAGUAUCUGUUGUCGACUUGGUACCACAAUCUGUUAUACCAAGAAAGAUCAAGUAGCCAUUUCCGGCACAUCGCAUUUGACAAGCUAUUCAUUCGGCCAAAGCUACAACAAAUUCCAAUUCUGCUCAACCUGCGGCAUUACUGUAAUUGUUGACAAGAACGUGUCAGCAGUAUCUAAAUCUCCAAAAACUUGGGAUGCCUGGACGCCGGCACAGCAGGAACGAUGGUUAAAUAUCCUACCGGUCAACUUGAGAUGUUUUGAGGGGGUGGAGUGGGAUACUAUCAAUAUAUACAAGGCCAAUUCGAGAGCUACUGAUCCGCAAUACGUGGUUCCGGAAUAA